AUGGAUCGUGUGAGCCAGAAUUUGGAAAAGAAAGGCGUGAGGAAGCAGCCAGCAACGCAAUAUGAAAGGCCGCUUCGGACAUUUGGUCCAGAAGAGUCCGACACGGCCUUUGAAGACUGCACGAUGGUGUUCUCUGUGGAUAUCUCGGGCAGCACGGAGGGCAAGAUUUUGCGGCAAGAAAGAAUCGUGGUAGAAAGCGUGGUGGCGCAAGUUUCGCAGGAAUCAAGGAGGAGCAGUUGCGUGAUCCCCUGGGAUUCAGAAGCACACGAGAUCAUUACAGUCGAUGAACUGGAUAGACUGGAUUCGGCUGGCGGAACAGAUCCCAACGCGAUGCUGCAAAGUCGACAACAUUUGGAUGUUCUUCGCAAGGCUGAUCUGUGGUUUCUUCUCACCGACGGUGAAAUAGAUACGCAACACAUUCAGCAAUUUGCCGCCGGACUCGGGAAGAAUGGACUACAUAACAAAGCCUGCGUCCUGAUUCUCUUCGGAUAUCAUUUUCGUCCUCCUCUGUUGGCCAAUAUCUCCGUCGGGGUCUCCGUAUUCGCCGCAUUUCCGGAUUGUAUCUUUCUCUUUCACGAUGUUAUCGAGGGAGAUGCCUUCGUUCUGCAAUGCAAAGGCUGCUUGGCCGAAAUCCUUGGCUCUUCGUUCAGUAACCCCAUCAUUGACCAUACCACUACUUGGGGAGAUCUGUACAAAUUCGAUUAUGCGAAACUCAAAGCUCUCCAGGUUCCACCUCGCUUCGACAUCAAGGCCAACGAGGUGCUUUUGCAGGACCGCCGUCAAGUCAAUCUUGACCAUGUCUUCAAAGGAGAAUUGACGCCUGAAGAAACCGCGGCGAUCUUUUCCAAUCACGAAAACCUAAAUUCCGUCCUGUUGACUGCAUCAAGUAGGGGACAAGAUCGGGAUGUCACCAAUUGGCUUCUGCAGCAACGUCAGGCGUCGCAAGAUGUUGACAUUCGCCACUUGAAGCGCAAAGACGUGAAUGGUCUGGCCCAGGAAAGCAUUCAAGAGAUAGUGGGAGCCAGCAUUCGCAACAGUUUCACUGGAAAAAACCGCAAUCGAUGCCAGAGCGUUCUUCGGAGUGCACAUCGCGCGAAUUGGCUAGCGCUUGCCGACGAAUCCGAAAAACUCUCCCGCACCAACAAAGACCAAGACUUUUUAAUUUUGGAAGCUCUCGAGAAGAUGGAGCUCGUGAGCCGUGCAGGCUUGAACAGCCCCGCAUGCUUGAGUCCAUCAAUUUCCAAAUCUACCUACAGUCCUGAGAUUGUAGACAAAGGUGCUCCGAGUAUCCAGACGAAAUGGGAUCCAUGUUUUACAGCCACCGAUCUGACCACUUCCAAGGGGGCUCUUCCAGCGCAGCUACUUGUCAAAACCAUCAGAGAAAAUUACUCCUACAUUCCGGGCUUCUCCGUGAUACCGCAUACCGGUCUCGCUGCAGUCAAAUGCCCUUGCUGUAACGAUCACACGCAAACAUGGGCAUUGCUCUUAAAAGCACCCCCGGAAGGUAUACACACUCAAGGGUUUGUACCCGCCCACAGCAACUGCCAAGUCAAGUACGCAUUAGCCAUGGGUGGCUACCCAGAAACGGAUAUCGUGUCUGCGUUUAUUUGCUGCGAUCCAUGUGCCUUUGCGCUGCUCGAGCAUGGCACUUCACCUCUCAAUGAGCAGCUCACCGGGGCCUUGCCAUUGUCUGAUUGGUUUGACGAUCGCGAAAAUGAGCAGACCUGGCUGCGAGCAUGUGCAGUGUCGCUGGCCCACCGGUUUUACCAAGAUGACAUCUUUGCUGUCAUGUACGCGGUGCUAAAGGAAGCUCUGUCAAGGAUCGAAGCUGCAUCACGAGACCAAUCAGCUUUCUUCCAAUCGCUACUCUCACCAGCCAUGGAAGCCUUGGAGUCUAGAGCGACGGUGCUCCGAGCAUCAGGAACCAGAUCUUCCAUUAAAUCGGCAGCAAUCGAUAUGAUCAAGGAUGGGGUGUGCUUUCAAGCACCGUUUACCUCGAGGAGACAACUGACGCCUGCAGUGGCGGAAUUGCUUCAACACCCACUCGAGUCCUUUGUCAUACUGAUGAAACACAUUUCGACCCGUCGAUUAAGCUUAGUCUUCAUACGUCUCCUGUGGCAGAUCAUGGAGGACGUAUUAUCUCUACACUCCGAGGCUCGCCAACAGGCGUAUGACUAUCUAGAAUCCUUGGAGCCCCAGCCAACCGUUUCGGAAGUCGGAGUAACCUUCAAGGCUAGGUCAUACCGAUACACACUGGAUAUCUCUGAGCUCGUCCGUAGAGAUGUCAUGUCGCUGCGGACAAUCGGCCUCUUCGCCGAGAUACCGGACGCAUGGGACACGUUCCGAAAGCACUGUACGCCAGCACUGCAUUCAUGUUUAUGGAAAUUUGCAAAACACUGCAAGGAAGAUCGGACGGCAUCGGUCACGGAGAUUUUUGGCAAGUGGUUAGAUUUUGGCGAUUUCGUCGCUCUCUGUGAAGAUCCCACCAACGAGACGAUGGUGAUCCGUUGGGCAUAUUCGGCUUCCGGGCUCAGCAAAAAACCGUUGAUGCGCCUGGGUGAAUUUCGCGAGGCCAAUCCGCCUGAUAUGUUGACUCCACUGCCCGAGCUGGGUUGA